GACCGUACGAAGCCAUUUUGUUUGUGCGCGGGUGCAACAGCACAUGUUUACCCUAUCGGUAAUUUGAGUUUUCGAUGAAUAGUUCUUUGGUAAAAUAGACCGUAUCUUGCCAGCAAAAUGCCGAAAUCAAAGAGGGAUAAAAAAAUAUCUCUUACGAAAACGAGUAAGAAAGGUCUGGUGUUGAAGCAACAAAUCGUCGAAGAUGUUCGAAAUUGCGCCGAAAAAUACGCAAGUAUAUUCCUCGUGUCCGUGCACAACAUGCGUAAUAAUAAAUUAAAAGACUUGAGAGCAGAAUGGAAGGACAGUCGAUAUUUCUUUGGUAAAAACAAGGUGAUAGCACUGGCGUUAGGAAAGUCGCCAGAAACCGAAGUUGCCGAAGGGUUACAUAAAUUAUCUGAAGCGUUACGAGGACAAUGUGGUUUGUUAUUUACAAACAGACCUAAAAAAAAAGUGUUGGAAUGGAUGGAAUCGUACGAAGAAGCUGACUAUGCCAGAUCUGGAUUUAUAGUAGACGAAACUAUAGUAUUACCCAAAGGACCAUUGCCAGAAUUUGCGCAUAGUAUAGAGCCUCAUUUGAGGCAAUUGGGAAUGCCUACGGCGUUGCAAAAAGGUGUAGUAACAUUGAUCAAGGAAUAUACGGUUUGCAAAAAAGGGCAAACACUCACCCCAGAACAAGCAAGGAUUUUGAAAUUACUCGACAAACCAUUAGCUACUUUUAAAUUGACACCAUUAGGAGUAUUCUCGAAGAAACACGGAUACAAGCAAUUAGUAUCCGAAGACGACUACCCCAAAGAAAAUAUAAUGGAUGUAGAAGAGACUGCAGAAAUGGACGAUACGUGAAUCGCUAGUUAUUGUAAUGAAAUAAAAUUUAUUUGAAUUGUAUAUACAUAUAUAUACUCCAUAUAUUGUGUAUAAAAAUAAAUUUUUUAUCCUGUUAUUUAAUUCUGUAGAAGAAUAUGAAGUACUCUGUAUUUCUUUGAUAAACAAUUGAUAAACGCGA